AUGAUCACUCAUGCUCUUCGAGUGAAUCCUUUCAUUUAUAAAGACCUAGUGAGGGAGUUCUGGAAUAAGGAUUCUAUUAAUGAAGUAGGAGCAGAUGACGCAGGCACUGUAGAGUCAACAGUCAAGGAGAAGAUGAUUAUUGUAUCAGAGAAAACCAUUCGUGAAGUUCUUAGAUUUGGAGAUCAGCCAGGAUUCCUAAUUGAGAUAUAUGUUGAUCAGAUUAAGGAGGUUCUUGAACGGAUGUACUAUGAAAGAACUUUUCCUCCAACCUUGAAGAAGUUGCUCCCUCCCUACUGGUGCUUCCUAGCUCACACUUUUGAAAUCUGCAUUUUAGGCAGGAAAAUGGGAGCUGAUGAGAUCUCAAAAUCAUCUAUUGGUGCCAUUAUUGCUCUUAUUAUGGAUUUGGACUUCAACUUUUCUAAGUUCGUGUUUAAUGAGAUAAAGAGCAACCUGUGGUGGAAAAAUAAGGAUGUGUUCCUGAUGUAUCCAACAUUUAUACAGAUGAUCUUCGAUGAUCAACAUCCUGAUUUGGAAAGGACGGGUGAAACCUUGGAUAUGAAGUCUUUGGGUCCAAAUUCCUUCGGUUUAAUGAAACAAAAUCGCAAGGAGGAGCUUGUGCCAAUUCUCGUUGAUGAUGAUGAUGGUAGUGAAGGUGAUGAUGAAGAGGGCGAUACAGUGAGAUUUAAUGAUGAGGAUUUUGUGUUUGAUUUUGAGCGUAGUGAUGAUGAUAUUGAUUCAUUUUUCGAGAAUGAUAAAGUCAAUGCCAUUGUGAUUUCUCCAACAGAGACUGAGGGAGAUUCAAACAUUCUCAAGCUGCCACUUCAAACGCCCACUCAGAUGACAGAGGUUAUUGCUCGAUUGGAUUCAACUGCAAGGAAGCCUCCCCGAGCAAUUGCAACUCCAAACAUUAUUUCAUUUAAAAGUGAUAUUGAAGAGUCUCAAGCAUCCCAACUACCACUAAAACAAAAACAUGUUGAUCCUAGGUCGGGAGUGCUCAUCAGAGAACAAACAAAACCAGCACAACAGCCAACCACAACCACUGAACCAGCCUAA